AUGGAUGAGUGCAAGGAUGAAGGGAGGAAAGGCAGGAGGGAGGGACGCAGGGAUGAAGGAUGCAGGAAGCAAGGUGUCGGGGAGGCAGAACCACUGCUGCAGGGCCCGCAGCCCCUCCCAGGCAGCCCCGGCCUCCGCCCCGCAGCCUCGGAGGCUGACUCCUGGAGUCCGGAGCUGCGCUCCAGCGUCCCCAGGCAUCCCGUCCGCCUUCCCUUUCCUCUCCGCUGCCCACCCCCUCCUCCCUCACCUGGCCGCGCCCGCGCCGCUCUCCGCAGCCCGCCCGCCCCCCUCCAUCCCUCGGAGCGCCGCGAGCUCACCUGGCCGGGUCGGGGGGCCCAGGGCUGCUGGGCCGGCCGCCUUCGGGAGCGGGGCGCCCUCAUGCCCCUGCGGGCGGGCGGGGCCGGGGAUGCCGGGAGCGUCCCGGAGCGCGGGAGCGGUCAGCUCAGGUCAGGUGAGGCCCCCUCCCACCCCUGCUCUCGCUGCCCGGGAAGGGGGAAGGCUCGGCCCCCGCCCCGCCCCGCCGCGCCCCGGCCCGGCCCCCUCCCACGCCCAGGCAGAGCAGUGGGCGGCCGCCUCGCCGAGCCACGUCGCUCGCUGCCUCCGCUGCCGCAGCCGCCGCCGCACCAGGAGCGCCCGCGCGCCGUCCUCCCUCCCAGGGGCUGGGCUCCGAGCGAGCGAGCGGAGCCUCCCCGCGCCGGGCGCGUCAUCCCCAAGCCCGGCCCAGAGCGCGGCCGGCCCACCCUCCGGACCCAGGGGAGGAGGGGAGGCAGGCGGGAGCGGGCCCGGGCGGGGGAGACGGAGCUGCCCCCCAGGGAGCGUCAGCGCUGA